AUGUGCACCAGCAGCCAGAUCAUCGGGAGCCUCCUGGUGCUCUCCGUGCUGGAGAUAGGGUUAGGGGUGUCCAGCGUGGCCGUGGGGGCGGUCAGUUUCAGCCUGGUCCUCACAGAGCAUAAACCUCAACUGGGAGACUCUUCUCCGUUCCUACUUUGUGGCAUAUGUGGAAUACUGUGUGCCAAAAAAAAAUCUGGACUCGUUAUGAUUCUUUUUUCUGCCUGUUGCAUCUGUGGACUAAUCGGAGGAAUCUUAAAUUUUCAAUUUCUUCGUGCUCUGACAAAGAAGUCGUCUGCUCUCUAUUCUUUGCAUCUUGCCUCCAUGUCUCUUGCAUGCAUUGGAAUUGGUGGUUGCACCCUUUCUUCAUGGCUCACUUGUCGGCUAGCCAGCUAUGAACAAAGGAGAAUGUUCUCAGAAAGAGAACAUUCAUUGCAUCACUCACAUGAAAUGGCAGAAAAAGAAAUGACAGACAACCUAAGCAAUGGCGGCCCACAUCUGAUUUAUAAUGGAAGUGUAUAUUAA